AAAACUUUACAGAUAGAUCCCGAUCUUGAUCUCUCCCUAUCUAGGGUUCCCCUUGCCCAAAAAAAUUCAGGUGGUUGGAUGUUAGCAAAUCCGGAAAUGAAAAGCUUAACUUCCACCAAUCAACUUUCCAACAAAAUAAUAAGUCGUGAGGAGAAGCAACGAGGGAAAAAAGAGAGAGAGGAGGACAAGAGAGUUGGAGACAACAGGUCGUGGCCGUGGCAACGAUUAGGCACCACAUAGCGCUUUCGCUUCGUACUGUACGUGUACAUAUGCACCUCCGUCGCAUGUGAGCUCUGUACUCCCGUGCCUAUUUAUUAAGUACUGUACUCACUAAACUGUAAAACGAGCAAUUAGAUCGAUCAAGAGAUUAUCACGGCCCCCGCCGCCAUGCCGUCCAAUUCGGAGGCCAAGGCCAUCGGUAAUGCUGAGAAGCAGCAGCUGGUUUGUGUGACGGGGGCGGGCAGCUUCGUUGGGUCAUGGGUGGUGAAGGUGCUCCUCCUCCGUGGCUACCGUGUCAGGGGAACAGCCAGAGACCCUGCUGAUGGUAAGAACGCCCACUUGCUUGCCCUGGAUGGAGCCGAGGAGAGGCUCACCCUGUGCCGCGCCGACGUCCUGGACCGCGACGGCCUCCGCGCCGCCUUCGCCGGAUGCCGGGGCGUCUUCCAUGUCGCCUGUCCAUGCAGCAACGACGACCCUGGGCUCAUGCCGGCGGCCGUGGAGGGGACGAGGAACGUGAUCAACGCGGCGGCCGAUGCCGGCGUGCGGCGCGUCGUGUUCACCUCCUCCUACGGCGCCGUGCACAUGGACCCCAACCGCAGCCCCGACGCCGUCCUCGACGAGACCUUCUGGAGCGACUACGAAUUCUGCAAACAAACAGGCGAGCUGUACUGCUGCGCGAAGAUGAUGGCGGAGAAGGCGGCGACGGAGGAGGCGGCGAGGCGCGGGCUAGAGCUGGCGGUGGUGGUUCCCUGCGUCACGGUCGGCCCCGUGCUGCAGAGACAGACGCUCAACUUGAGCAUCAUCCACGUCGCCCGCUACAUGACGGGCGUCGUCGAGGCCUGCCCCAACGCCGUCGCCGCCUACGUCGACGUCCGCGACGUCGCGCGCGCCCACGUCCUCGUCUACGAGCGCGCCGCCGCCGCCGGCCAACGCUUCCUCUGCAUCGGCGCCGUGCUCCACCGCGCGCACUUCCUCCGGCUUCUCAAAGAGCUCUUCCCGCAGUACCCCGUCACCGCCACCAAGUGUGAGGAUGACGGGAAGGUGAUGGCGAAGCCGUAGAGGUUCUCGAACCAGAGGCUGAGAGAGCUGGGCUUGGAGUUCACUCCUCUGAGGGAAAGCUUGUACGAGACGGUGGUGUCCUUGCAGCAGAAGGGUCACUUGCCCCUGCCUGAUCCGGCGCCCAAACGUGCACAUCUGUAAACCAAAACAUGCAUUACUGCUUUAAUCCAACUAAUCAGCCCUGCUGUGGUCCAGCUGAUAGUGGGUACUGUCUUCGAUCAUAACUAGUUACUGCGCACAAUAAACAGAUAUGAUCAUACGUAAAUAAAAUCGUUCUAUUGGUCGAUACACAUAGCACGAAAUUGUAGGUCUCGUGGUACUCGGUGAGAU